UUUGUCAUUUUCUUGCUAAAACAAUUUGCCAGCUACCUCGUCUUCCCAGAAAAGAAAAGAUAUUUACGACCCGUAUAAGUCCUAAGAUUUAGGAGUUGUUCUUCCCCGCCAACGAUCUCUUUUUCCCACCGUCUCUUCGUAGUUCAUUCUCUUUUUUUCCCCCUUAACCAGAUACAGUUAUUUUUUCCAGAUUGGAAACUGAACUUGGUGAAUUUUAUCAAAGUUGGACCUGAAAAUGGUUUCUGAAUUGAUUAAUGCCAACCCUAUUGUGUAUGAGAAGAAGGAGCGUCGAGAUAGGAGUGCUCCAAGUGUUGCGGAUGAAUAUACAGCUGAACCUAUCGACCAGCUAGAGAUUUUUGACCAUAUUAGAGAUAUAAAAGAUCCAGAGCAUCCCUAUUCUCUGGAAGAGCUGAAAGUUAUAACAGAAGAUGCUGUUGAGGUAAAAGACGAGCGAAGCUAUGUAAGGGUCACAUUCACGCCUACUGUUGAACACUGCAGCAUGGCGACCAUUAUUGGAUUAUGCUUGCGUGUGAAACUUAUGCGAUGUUUGCCUUCCCGUUAUAAGGUAUGCUUUAUCACCCUUCUAUUAUGAUUCAAUAGGCUUAUGUGUGUUACACAUCUUUUCCUUAAAAGCAUAUUACAGUGGAUAGAAUGUUAUGUUAUACUAAUUGAUAUGCUAUUAUGAUAUUAUAGAAGUCAACAAUUAAUUACAGCUUACUGGAAGUGAGGUCACAUGCAGCUGUAUGUAUAUUUUCUUAGAACUGUUAAUGACUUCGACCUGAAAGUAGUUUCCUUGGCACUAUUUGGCGUAAAUCUUCAGGAAUAUAUCCUACAGUCUCGUGAUUUUAUUCCAAAAUCUUCAGCCAUUUGUAAAUAUGGUUACCUUUUUGUUAAACGUGUUAUUACUGGGUGUGGGUAGAUUCUGACCAACACGGCAAGUAUCGUAAUCUAGCCAAUUUCAGGCAUUAAUUUAAUUCAACCAAGCCAUUACUUCAAUUGUGGUAUGUUGAGUAUUAAAUAGCAAGUUUUCCUUGUGUCUAAAAUGAUGCGCAGUAAAGAAAAUAAAGUGACAAGAAUUAGGAAAAGGAAAAAGGACACGCACACAAAGAUAUAAAGAGAGAGAGAGAGAGAGAGAGAGAGAGAGAGUUUAUUGGUAGCUCGGGCAUAGAGUGUAUGCACAUAUCCAUCUGCCUAUGGUUCUUGUUACUCUAGCUUGAACAUCCCUCAGCUUGCUUCACCGUAGUUGCCUGGUGACCAUAAUCAAUUUCAUUUUCUACAGAAAUAGUUCUGAAGCUUGGAACUCUAUUGUGCUUGGUUUUUGAAAUUACAGCCGAUCUUUGUAAUUCUGAAUUCCUCUAUUCCAGCCCCUUCCAAAUUCUAAUAAAUAACAAUGACAACACUUCUGGUUUUUCUUCAUUGGUGUUAUGUCAUAUAUGUUUCCCCUUUAGAUGCUUUAAUGAUAUUCGAUCUAGUCGCCUGUGGCUCUGGCUUUGCUUCAUUUGGGAGGGAGGUGGGACGAGGAAAGGCUGUGGGAAAAAAUGUUGGAAUGGAAGGUUCGAAUGUAGAGUCUAAUCUGUG